UAUGUAUGAUGAUAUUCUUUACGACUUCGCAGCCCUAACUCGAAAACCGGCUAAGUCGCGCGGGAAUACCUAGAGAUGGGAUCGCCGGCGAGCCACCUCAUGAAUCUGGUCUCCCUCCGGCGAUCCCUUCUGUACUCCGCCUUACGUCGCCUUUCCUCGAAUGCCGUCGCCACUUCCUCGGAUUCAUGUCCUCCCACCUCCUUCACACCACCAUCGGAGACUGCUGAGAAGAAGGACGAUAGGAUAUACGUGAAGCGGCCGAACUCGUCGUCAUCGUCGUCUUCAGUGACGCGCGACGAGGUGUCUGUGACGAUGCCAAUGACCUUCAUGACGGGAUCGGUAGUGGGGAAGCGCUUCUACAAGGAGGUGACCACCCGGAUGGCUGACGAUGGCAACGGUUGGACGGUGAUGCUCGACUACCGUACCCUCAAAACUCCUUACAAGCGACCGCUUAAGCUCCCAAACCUCGCCCUAGCGAAGGCUAUUGCCGCCGAGUGGGAAUACCAGCAAACAGAUGGAAUUAGGCCUUUCACAAUGCCCCUAAUGAAGCUUGCUUGCACUGCUAUUGAAAGAGUUCCACUCACUCGGGUGAAAAUAAUAAAAAAUCUGAUAGAUAAGUUUCACCAUGAUUUAGUAUUCUGCCGUUCACCCGGGGAUACAGAUUUGACUAAAGGAGUACGAGAGAAACAAGAGGAGAAAAUUGACCCUUUAAUUGAAUGGCUUCAAUCAGAAUUUGGCUUUAAACCAAAGCUACAUUCUAGUCUUUUUGGUUGCAAGCAGGAUAAUCACUUUGUCAAUGCUAUAGAAAAUGUCCUGCAGAAGACUACCGACUGUGAGUUAGCAGCAAUUGAUGCAAUAGCUGCUUCUGCGCACUCUUUGGUCAUAGCUCUUGCAAUUCUUCGUGAGAGACUCAAUAUUGAGGAAACCAUGGAAUUGAUUAGGCUUGAAGAAGACUUGCAGGUUGACAAGUGGGGUUUAGUUGAAGGUGGUCAUGAUGUUGAUAUUGCUGACCUUCAGGUGCAAAUCUCUUCUGCAGUUGUAUUUUUACGCAUGUCAUUCAGGCAGUAAGCUGAACUUUCUUUUUCAACGGCUAAUUUGGGUAAGAAUAUUCUGACUUAAUAUAAAUUUUGUAUUUAUUUUUAGAUAAAUAUAAUUUAAAUUUUUUAUUGAUUUAUCAUGUAUUGUAUUCUUUUUAAAAUAAAUUAAAUGUUUACACAACUUUCCUUAAUCAAA